AGGAACUAGCAGCUGGAGGUUUUAAAGGUCCGGUGUGUUACAUUUAGGAAUAUCUAUUAAUAUUUGUAGAUAGAAAAUAAACUUUACUUCUGCUUGUCUAUACCCACUGAAUCAAUAAGCUGAGCUUCACAUGUAGUGUGUCAAUCAAUGUUUUGACAUGGAUUUUAAAGGAGGUUUUUCAUAAAUUCAGAUUUCACAGCAGAGACUAAGCAUUUCAUGGAUUUACACAUUUUGGCCAUUUCAUGUUUCAUAUCAUCACCCCACAUCAAACAGCACAGGAAGGACUGUUUGCACUAUCUGCAUGUAUAUAUGUCAGAAACAAAGACAGUACACAGUCAGUUCUACAAAAUGAUGCGACUAUGUUGGUUCAUACUGUUGCUCUCUCUUUUCGCCAAUGCAAAAGACAACACUGCAGUGUAUAAAGAGUCUGGCGAGAGCAUCACGUUGGAAUGUUCCUCUGCAGGAUGUCCGAGCAGCAUUGAAGGGUAUACUGGCAUGUAUUUGUAUCACGAGUUUAAGGAGCUAGAUGAGGUGCUUUACUUUCACUCUAAGCCAGGAACAGCUGACAAAAUCACCCCACGACCAAGAUACAAAAACAGGACUCAGACAGAAGGACCUUUGAAGAACCACACCAUUACCAUCAGCAACCUGACCGUGGAUGAUACUGGCUUAUACCGCUGUGCCUUCAUCAAAUUUCCCGGUGAUAAAGUUCGCUGCAAUGUCUACACACUUAUUGUUGGAGGUGGACUCAAUGAGAGUGGUGUUGUCUGCAAACUGUGUGACGUCCUGCAGCAUCCUGCUUCAGGAAUGCCCUGUGCUUCUACCAGUAAGAAAAGUCAGCCUCUGGUGUUAAUCAUCAUUGCCACCAUCGCCAGCAGCACACUGGUAACUGUGAUCUUCAUCCUGCUGAUCCUCCCGAGGGUGAAACAAUGGACUAGCAACAGAAGAAGAAGAGAACGGGUCCCGCGGGUCUCCAAUGAUUAUGUGUAUGAAGUUAUGACCAAGAACGGCUUUUGCUCUCUAGCAGCUCCAGAGCGGUCACCGCCAAGUCCAUGUGAUUUGGCUUAGCAUUGUAACAUCAAAUGUUAUUGCCGUGGUGAGGGUUGGUUUACUUUUUAAUUGUUUGUUGCUUAAUGGAAUGUUUCAAGUGAUUUAAAUCAUCAUGAGACAAAAAGUAAAAUACGUAGUUCAUAUGUUUAACAGCUAAACACUCCUAAAAGUGUUUCAUUGUUGUGAAAGUACCACCUAAAAGUGUGCGUGGUCAGAUUAAUGUAGCUGUUAGAAAAAUGAAUAUGAAUCUGGCGCAGAUAUUUUUAAAGUUUGUGUCGGACGGUGUGAGGCAUGACACGUGGGCCCAAACCACAUACUUAACAUGAUGAGGGGGAUGGGAUAUAUGUGAUGGUUGUUUUUGCAAGUUACAGGGUAAAGUUCUCAUAUAUCUUAAAUCUAAUAUAAUCCAUAUAUUCAUAAAGGAGUUAAUAGUUUCAUAUAUUGUUAAUCAGUUUUAUGUUGAUAAUUGUUUUUGUGUAUCACUAUAAAGCAAUGAAUAAUGUGUUUCAUAUUUUGUAUUUUGCAUUUAUAGUUCAUUAUUUCCUAUCAAACAAUGCUACUGAAUAUGAUGCAACAUUUGCACUGUGGACUUAAACUUUAGAAUGAUAUUUGUAAAGCAGUUUCUAAAAUAACAGCUUCUUGACUUUUAUCUGCACAUGUGAUAUUCAAGAGUGCAUAAGUGUGUACAAACAUAUGUAGAAUAUUCAAUAAAAGCUUAAGAUUAACUAACA